AUGGACGACCCUUCAACCUUAGGACAUAUCGAAAUGGAAGAUCUCAUGCCAGCCGACGGACAUACCAAUGAACAAAAGAAAGAGAGUCCAGCGCAAGAUGCAACACCCUUAAUGGGAGAAGCCAAAGCUGGUAAAAGUAGUAGCGACGAUAUUAAUGCGCUCCCCUUGGAAGGUAUGAGAGAUGUCAUCUGGAAAGACCAUGUAAUAAAAGUAUAUCCCUUAAAUUAUCAAAAGAUACAUAUCGUAAGAUGGCAAAUCUUCGCAGGAUUAUUAUUGUUCCUAGUAUUUGGUCUCAACGAUCAAACAACAGGUUCGCUAAUGCCCACUUUAGUGGAGGAGUAUAACAUUUCUCGCGUCAAGGUAUCCACUAUUUUCUUCCUUCAAUUAUUAGGCUAUACGUUGGCAUCCCUUUGUAACGAAUGGGUACAUCGUCUUGUCGGAACCAGAGGUGGUGUCAUUAUAGCCACAUCAAUAUGUUUGAUAUUUUUUUCCAUAUUAGUUAGCAAACCUUCUAAUUUUUAUCUUUACCUGUUUUGUUACUUACCCCUGGGAUUAGCGGUUGGAAUAUUAGAUUCUCUAGGGAACGUGCUCAUUGGAAAUUUAGUCGUUCAUAAAAAUGAGUUUAUGGGUCUAAUGCAUGCUGCUUAUGGUGCUGCAGCAAUGGUGACGCCUCCACUUGUUUCUCAUUUUGUUGGAGCAAAGCAUUGGCCGUUGGUUUUUUUCAUUCCAUUAACAAUAUCUGCGAUCGCUCUCAUUAUUGUUAUACCCUCUUUUCGGUUUGAAACUGCAGUGAAAUAUGACUAUAUCUGUCACGAGGAAGAUGAAGUAAAUGAAAUGGGUGAAACCCCGUUGGAAGAAAAUGCCUUGGACAUUGAGAAAGUAGAUGAAGCGAAGUUCCUUACGAUGUUACAAAAACCACCGGUAUUAUUAUAUGCUAUUUUCCUUUUCCUUUAUCUUGGUGCAGAAAUUUCCACUGGUUCAUGGUUAUUCACAUAUCUUUUGGAAACGAAAUCUGAUAACAAAAUAUCCAUGUCAUAUAUUGUUGCAUCGUAUUGGAUGGGAUUAACUGUAGGUCGUUUAUGUUUAGGAUUUGUUUCUGAUCGAUAUUUCCCCAAUGUUUAUAGAGCAAAUCGAGUUUAUGCUUACUUGACUGUCUGUUGGUAUACAGUCUUUGUUGUUGUUGGAUUAUUCCAUUCCAAUUCUAACUUUUAUUUUGCGGUCUUAUUCAUUGUAAUAUUUCUUUGUGGUGUCUUUAUUGGGCCUUUGUUUCCAAAUGGAAGUAUAGUUGCCUUACAAGUCUUACCAAGGAGGUUACACAUUAGUGGUAUCGGUAUCGCAGUAGCGGUAGGUGGCUGUGGAGGUGCUGCGUUACCUUAUAGUGUAGGUGUUAUCACUCAUAUAGCUGGCGUAGAAUGGAUCCCCUUUCUAUGUUGGGCAAUGGUUGUUUUAGUCACCUUGGUAUGGUCAUUGUAUCCAAGAUAUAUUCAUGGCUAUGAUGAAUUCUUAUAG